AUGUCUGCGCUCGGUUACAGCCUUGGGCAGACGCCUGGCGCCGCUGCUGCAGUCGCGGGCCCUUCCUUACUAAAGGGCGCCUGGGAGCCCCUCCCCUACAUCUACUCGGGGCUCGUAGUCCACCCCUUCCACCCGUCGUCCUCCCAGCCGGCCUCUCCCAACAACGCCCUCAAAUCUCCGACAACCUUCUCCCGCCCGCGAGUCCCCUCCUUUUCGACAACAGCCGGUCGAGAUGACAGCUUUUACUCUGCACGCACGAAUCCUCAUGAAGUCAAUCUCGACGUGGGCGACGAGUUCUUCGCCUUCGAGGAGUAUCGGAGCGCGGAGGAGGGAGACGACUCCAUCUGGUACAGAGGAUAUGUCGUCCAAGGUGUCUCGCUGCCAAUGCUCAUGCCCGAUGCCGAGUCGCCCGAUCUCUAUCCGAAAGCAGAGCCUUCUGUUCUGAUCGGCAUCUUCCCAGCUGCCGCAGUCCACGUCCGACACAACGCGGUUACCGAAAGCGAAGUCCUCACGGCCGCUCAUGAGCAGGCGCGGGAACUGGCAGAGGCCCGUUCGCGCGAGCUUCGAAUGGCAGCAGUGCAGGAGGAGGACGAGUUCGACGACGGGGAAAGAGAACAGGACGAUGAGCUUGACGAGGGAGAGCACGGCCCCGACGACCGACCAAACGGCAACAGUAACGUCAUCCGAAGACCCCACCGACCAAAGUCUCUCGUUCUCGCGGCGAAGCCCAGAAUAAAGGAGCAGCCCCCGCUACCAACCCUCACUGCCGGUGACUCGACCGUUGCUGGCCAGCAAUGGCCUUUGGUGGACGAGAUUGCUUGUGCAAUCAGGGAGUGGUAUGCCAUGCUCAGCAGCGACGAGCUUGUCCGAAUUCGCCGGGAAUGCGUUUCACGUCUCGUCAAGUGCAACGUUGCCCAGGGGCUCGAGGUCAUAGUACGGAGUCUCAAGGAUGGCAGCGUUGUGGGAGUGGACAAGGACCGAGCAUUGACGAGCUCUGGCUGGAUGGGCGGAAUCAUCGCGUACAUCUACCAAGUCCAGACGAUCCCCCACCCGCUCGCUACCUCCAUUCGCGGCCCGUCUUCUCCCCUGCAGAGCCCCACCGAUGCCCCGGAGGGCAUGGAGCUGUCUACGAACACGGCUGCUGCGGCCGCAGCCAACGCUGCCAGCGGCUACCACUGCCUCUUCGACUUCCGUGCCUUUGUCGCCAGCCCAUGUGCCCCUGGAGAGACGUGCGAGCUGUUCUUCUCCCUUUACAGCAAGACGCAGAGCCGGUUCCUCACCGAAGAGUACUGUCUCGUCCUCAACCACAACGGCAGCCCGGCGCGCGAUGCAGAGCGGCGGUUAGGAAAGUUACGAACACUGUUCGCCGACCUGAGGGCAGACGACGUUCAGAGCGGAACAUACCUUGUCUGUCGUAUCGUCCGCAACGGCAGCAUGAAGAUUGGAACGGAAGCCAGCUCCGUCGGGUCGCCGGAUACACGGCCGAAGAACAGGAGGGGCAGCACCAUGUUCAGCGACGCACCUAGCAAGUGGCGAAGCUCGGUCUCGAUCCCGGACAGUAUAACAGACGACUCGGCCUCGACGACCUCCGGUUACGAGCCUCGGCGAACACGGACUAUUGACACUCAGCAGUCGCGCGGAUCCUUCUCGUCUUCUAAGUCGGGUGGCAUUCGUCGCCCGUUCGGCUGUGCUGUGUUUGAGCUGCCGACCAUGAGCCGGCUAACGGGAGACGUGGGAGGGGAGGACCUGGCGAUGCCGAUCUACGUCGCCCGUGACGAGGCCAGUUUCGCGACCCUCCAUGCUGACAUUAUCUUGCACAACGAGCGCGCUUAUGACCGGUCACCGCGAGCAGAUGCUAUCGCCUUCGGCUUGAGACUGUUCCACGGCCCUCUUGACCAGGUGAUUAGAGAGCACCCGUCAAUGUUGCUCGAGACGACGCAAACUCUCCGUCUGGGCUUCCCCGACGUUGUUCCGCCUGGCGCAGUUCGAAAUGACCUGUACAUCAAGCUGUGGACGGCAUCGUUCUCGACCAUGUUCCCAGCCGGCGGUACACUGAGGGUACGCAAGACUGUCGCCCCGAUCCCUGCGAGCACGCAAGUGACGCUGGAGGUGCGACGAGCGGAUGGUUCGAUCGUAGCAGACUCCCUUUAUGCUGGUGGAUCUGGCGAGCCUCCCACUGGGCAGUACAACUCGAUCGUCUACUACCACAACGAUCGCCCAACCUUUGGAGAACUCGUGAAGAUCGCUCUGCCGCAGGGCACCGGCGACUGCCACCUGUUCCUUUCCUUCCGACACCGCACGAGGGAGCGCGAGAUCUCUCAUGAGACGCCGUUCGCAUUUGCCUACCUCCCGCUCUUUGCUCACAACGCCUCGAUCAAGGACGGAAAGCACGAGCUUAUCUUAUAUCACAUGGAGAAGGCGGGAGUGCAGCCAACGCCGAACCUGUACUUUGAAGCGCCGUCUACUGGCGAGCCGAAGCUCUCUGCCGAUGCUGGCCGAUACAUGACCGUUCUCCGCGACAGGAUCUCGCUCUGGACGUUCCUGUGCUCAACUCUCCACACGCAGGACGACACCCUGCGCGCUCUCUUCGCCUGGCAGAGCGCCGAUGCGGCUGCCCUGUGCAACACGCUGCAGAUGUUCCAGUUCGUUGGCGAGGACGAGAUCGCAAAGUUCCUGCAGCCUGUUCUCGACGCCCUGUUUGCGAUUUUAGUCUCGCACUUAGGUGACCGCCGAGAAGAGGUAGACGAGCUGGUCUUCAAGGGCCUCGUCAAGGUGCUGGCUAUGCAGUCGGACCGACGCUUCCCGUCUUUCGGCCCGAUCAUUGCCGCCUACACCUCCAAACAUUUCGCCUUUGCCUCCUCUGCCUCGCACCUGCUGCGCGCUAUGAAGGCAGUCAUGGGACGACCAGAGUCGCAAGAGUACCGAUCUUUAUUAAAGGUGUGGCACAGCAUGUUCAAGUUCAUCAUCCGAUCACGAGAGCUUGACCGAUCCCGCGGUUCCUCUCUGGGACCGACUGCCUCCCAACUCGAAGCGGACUUCAAGCACCAGACGCGCGAGAUCCUUGGCGAGAUCAACAACAUCAUGCUGUCAUCGGACAAGAAGCUCAUCGGCUCUCAAACUCUGGCCGUUCAACACUACGCCGAUAUCUUGCCGGACCUGGCGCAGGUGUUUGCGCCAAGCGAGAUCUCGGAGAUGGUAAUCGAGUUUACGGAUACACUCACCCGAGCGCAGGGCAACCUGGCCGUGUACAAGCUGCUCCUCAUUCUGCAGAUCGUCAAGACUCUGCUCAGCUUUAACGACACUCGGGCAGACUUAAUCCCGGCCAUCAUUCGAUGGAUCAAGCCUCACAUCGGUCGAUACGAGGAGGACCUGUACUCGGCGCGCAACGAGACGCAGGCUCUCAAGGACAGCCGCCAGAUCAAAUGGUUGGAGUGCAAUCGCUUAGCUAUCUCGAUCAUGGGCUGGACUGUGAACCAGCUCCAGUUGCUUCUGGAUUCGCCGAUCGUCAAGUCGAACCCUGUCCAGCUGUCGCAGGAGGAAGACAACAUGGAGUACUGCCUGUCCAUCUUGCCUCACCUACUCGAGUCCUACAAGGAGCUGGCCAGCGACUCGACCAUGGCUCUCCUGGAGCGCCACCGCUCGUCGGCAACUGUAUGGAAGUCAACUCCCGAUGUCUUCCCCUCGUCGCAUCCGUUCGCCUUGGUCUCGCACCUGCCUCCACCGGCACUGCUCGGUCAGGAGGAGGAGGGCCUGCCGCCAGCUGGAACGUUCAGGUGUGGAUUGGCGGAAGUGUCGGUUGUAAUCUUUACGCUGGUCAUUGCGACACCUCGCGCCAACAUAGUGCGAUGGUUCGAGGAGAUCGUCGACAUGCAGGGCGAGACGCAGGCCAAGGAGACUCUGAUGACAGCCUUCUCCGUCUUCAACUCGAUCAUCAACUUUGAGGCCUUCCCCCGCCAGUGGCUGACCCUGUCCGGUCUUGCGUUUACGGCGGUUAUCCGCUUCCUGGAGGCGGUCGUGCAGUUCCUUGCGCGGCCCGAGUUCGUGCCGCCCAUUGAGGAGAUGGAGAGGUUCGACGUCAAGCUCUGGACCCAGUGUCUUGAGCUGCUCUGCGACUUGUGCGCGAGUGACGAGCUCGCAUUGGAGGAGCAAGGUCUCCAGCGCCGCCGCGCUGCCUGGAUCAUUGCCGGUGACCUCAGAGACGAAGGCGCCGCGCUGCUGCACCGGCUCUGGAACGCCAUCGGUUGGCAGUCGCGCGAUCAGGCGACUACUGGGUCUCGCUAUGGAGGCUACCAGGCAAGGUUUACUGGACUUGCGGAGCGUAUCCUCACCCUGUGCUUGUCGUCUCAUGAGCGUCUGUGUGACGCCGCAGUAGACGUUCUCUUCUCGAUGAUCUACGCCGAGUAUGUCCUGGAUGGCAAGUUCAACGCCAUUCAGACCGAAAUCUUCACAAAGCUCGAACUGCUCUUCACGCAUCGCACUGUCUCCGCAACCGAAACCGCCUCGCGAGCCUACUUCGUGUCUCGCCUGCGCACCGUCUUCGAGCACCAAGCCGACUUGGACAACAACUUCCGCGAGCACGUUGGCACCUUCCUGGACCAGGUCGAGCUGUUCAUCGACUUGCUCAUGGCCGUUCGCGACCUGCCUCAGACGCCGCGAUGGAAGGAGGAGCGUGUGGCCGCCAUCUUCCGCCUCAUGGAGUUCUUCUCUCGUGUCGGUCGCGACGAUCUUUACGUCCGGUUCGUCCACCACCUCGUCUCGAUCAACGUCGCGGCUCGCGACUGGCUCGGUGCUGGUCUUGCUCUCAAGCUCCACGCCGACCUCUAUGACUGGACCAUGCAGGGCGAGCUCGUCGACGAGUUCCACGCCGGAGACCUGCACCUGCCUGCGCAGACGCAGUUCCAGCGCAAAGAGGCGAUCAUGUACCACGUCCUCGAUUAUCUCGCCGAGGCCGAGGCGUACGAGCAGGCGGCCGAGAUCUGUCGUGACAUGGCCGAUCAGCACCGUCGUAUCACGUUCAACGUCGCUCGCAUUUCGGAGCUUCUCAACCAUGAAGCCAAGCUGUGGGAGCGCAUCGGAUCGACAGCACGCCCGAAGCCGGAGUACUUCCGUGUCGCCUACUUUGGCAACUUUACGCGCCUGGAUCUCGACAAGGAGUUUGUCAUCCGCGGAGUGCCGAAGCUAAAGUACAACGAAUUCUGCGACCAGAUGGCUGCCAAGCACCCUGACGCGCUCAUUCACCGUUCGAAGAUUCCUCCCACGGAGUCUGUUCGAUACGGCACCGAGCCGGUCAUCUGGAUCACGACUGUGAGCCCCGUGCCGGACCUGAAGCAGCCCGUCUUUGCUAAGGGCGUGAACCCGAACAUCCAGAACUACUACAAGUACAACAGCAUCAACACGUUCGAGACGACGCGCCCGUACUACAUGCACCCCGACGAGCGUGAGCCCGUCCUGCAGUGGAUCGAGAAGACGACCGUCACGACUGCGAACGACCUUCCUGCUCUUCAGAGCCGUGCCGAAAUCAUCCACAUUCAUCUCGACCACAUCUCGCCGGUCCAGACGGCCAUCUCUGCUGUUCGCAAGUCCGACCGCGACCUUCGUCAGCUGGUCAACUCGCGCAACCCCGACGCCAAGCUUCUUGGUAAUGCUCUCAACGCUGCUGUCGACUCAAAAGUCAAUGGAGGUGUUCCUCUCUACAAGAAGCACUUCUUCGACCCCGAUUAUGUCGAACGUCACCCGGUCGAGGCGCGCAACGUUGCCUUCCUCGGCGACGUCAUCGUUGACUACGCCAGGACCAUCCAGGAGGGUUUCGCGACGUACCAGAAGCUCAGCCGCGACAUCGCCUUCCAGGAGGCUUUGCGCACGCGCUACAACAAGGUCUUCGCCGAGGAGAGCCUGCACCUCCCGCCCAUCGAAGAGGCUGACUUGCCGCCCAUGUCUCCCGCGCUGGCCACACCUCUUGCUUCCACGCACACGACGCCGCUCAUGGCUGAUGUGGCUACCGUCCCGAACGUUCCUCGCCCCGCUUCGCCAGCCCUCACCGAGGACGAAGCGAACAAUUCGUCGGGGCAGAGCAGCUACACCCUGCCUACCCUCCGACUCGGCCCGCAGACACCCACAACCGAGACCCACUCCACACUCACGAACCCGUCCAUCAGCUCUAUCGGACCGAGUUCGUAUGGUCCCAGCAGUGUCAGCAACGGAGAGCUCCCUCCUGCUGCUCCCCGCCGCGGAACAGGCAUCCUAGUCAACUCUGUCGGCGCCAGCCAGUCGUCCAUCUCUGUCAGCCUCUCGCGAGGUGACUCGCUGAAGCGCGCGAACGGGCACACGCUGUCGAAGAGCUCGAAGGAUUUCAUCGAGUUUGGCAACGGCAACAUAACGCCACGCUCAAACCACAUCCCGCGCUCGCUCUCGACCUCGACAUCAGCGACAAUCCCGCGCGGCACGGUGGAGGAGGAGAUUGACGACUUGCUUCCACUCCCGAACCGGGUCAAUGGGCGGUUACACUCGACGAGCAGCCGCUCCAGCCUGCCGGCGAUGCCGCCGGUCCCACCAGUGCCAGAAGAGCCGAAACGCAGCAACCUGCCCCCCGUCACGACGACGCCGUCCAAGGGACUGCGACGAUUCGGAUCCCUCCUCCGCCGCUAA